AUGGUUUCCUCACGCCCGGAAUUAAGUGUUUUGACCAACCUUCGCUUCCGUGACCCGGGUCAUUUCAAAGCUGGUAUGCUUCACGAAAGUUUCCCUGUUUGGCAACUUCUUCUGGCAGAUUAUUCCUGUGUGGUGGAUCUUCUCGAGAUUCUCCGGGAUGGUGUUCGUGAGGAGAAUUUUUUCACCCCAUUUAGGGGGGAUUUGAAGGGGCAGUUCCACCAUGCGCAGACCCCUCCUUCCAUUCAGAUCAAGAACGCUGCUACUUGUGCACAGUUCGCUGAUUUUAUUAGCGAUACCAUUGUUCGGUAG